CAGAAAACUAACAAACUGUCCAACCGAAAUGGAGCCUUUCCCGCUUGAGUGCUUGCCUGUUGGUUGGAUCACAUAGCACCAACGGCUACAAGGGUGGUUUAAUCCGUUGCUAGAAAGAUAAAACCAAAUCGAACGACCGAGAUCCUCUCUUGGCCCUCCUUUGUUAGUCUCCAAGCUUACCAGAACACAAAACAAACCUUUGUUGUUUGUUCUCCAACAUUGCACAUAAAGAAAUAUUCCCAAAGGAUCGAUGUUUUUGUACAUUUUGUUGGGGCAGGCCGGGAACCUUCUUUUGUGGUCAGGUUCAUUAGGAAGUUUGAAGAAGACAUUUAACUAAAUAAUGGAUGUCACGGAUCACGAACAAAAGAGAGGCGAAAGUAGCAAGAAUCUGAGGGUGCAUUUUGAUGUCCCUCCGACAGUUUAUCCCUCCAAUCAUCACCAACGUUCAGGCUCUACUCCAUCAUCUGAUUCUUCAUUGGAUCUUGAUGCUAUUGAGAAUGUCCUCGACAGCCUCCCUCCCCAUGAAUUUAAAAAAUCUACCCUUGAGAUGCAAGAAGCAACAUCAUCUGCAGAUCAUUCUUCUCCUCCUCCUCCUCCUCCUCCUGUUGGGAGCAACCAAAGUGGAUCUGCCCCACAAUCUGCUCUACAGGUGAUGCCCGGGCGACCCUCGGGCUAUGAUCCGAAUCGAAUUCCGUCGUCAAUAUUCACUACUAGACCAACAACAGCUAUGGAUUGGAGUACCGCUUCGAAUGAAUCAUUGUUCAGUAUUCACAUUGGAAACAGCAGCUUCUCGAGAGAACAUUUUAUCAUGUUAAAUAGAUCUGGUGAGUUGCCGAGGACAGAUGAGUUAACGGGUCUCCCGACAACCCUUCCCAGUGUUUCUGAAACAGGAGAGGAUAAAAGCGAGACUGCUAAUGCGGAAAAGGACGCUGAAGUAAUACAAGGAUCAGGUCAAUCCGGGAAUGGAGCUUGGUGGGGCAGUUCUCCAAAUAACAUGAAGGAAAAAACGAGUCCUAAGGACGUCGGCGCCCGCAACUAUAAUACUACCUCUUACCGUUCUGAUGAGAGCAGUCACAGCGCCCACUCCUUUAAUUUCCCACUUUUGGCAGGUGAUAGUGGAUUGAGUAGCCCUGCAACAUUGGACAUGGAAAAGCAGCACCUGCAGCAGCAAUUACCACCCCAAAACCCACAAAUCAUGAGUUCAAAGCGUGGUUGGAACAACAUGUUUUGUUGCUUCAGUUUUCGCUCUCGAUAUUGGACAUGUUGAAACAGAUCUAAUUUUCCAUUAAUCAUUCCGUCAGGAUGGCUAGCUAAAUGACUGUCCCAGAACUCCUGCCAAAUUACUAGUCUGAUCUCCAACCUGGCCUCUUAUCCACACAGAUCAUGGACAUGAUCAUCAUUUCAAUCAUUAUGCAUUACGACAUCCAAAAAAGAAAAAAAAAUCAUAACUUGUAGUUAAGGAUUCUUUUUAAUUAUGUUUGUGGGAGCAAAUUGGUUUUCACUGUUUUAGUGAUGAAAAUAAAUGAUGGGGAAGAGGAGUUAUCUAUGAUGAUGAUCAAAGAUUUGUGUAUACAUCUACAUCUACAAAGAUGGUUAAUUUCAUCUUUGCUUGAAAUGUUUGUAACCGAUAUUUAUCAUCAUAUAUAUCGUGUUGGUCUUUCAGCCGGCCUGUCUUUUGUGA